ACGUUGCCCAGAAGUAGGUCACUAUUAUUUUCAUCGGGUGGGAUACAGGCAGGCCAGGCGUCGUGAGACCAGCAGUAGUGCCCGCUAGUGUCCAGCAGACCAACGCAAGCCUGGUUAGCUGACACAGUGUGUAGUAGAUCUAGAGAUCUAGAAUCUAGAUCUAGAAGGCCUAGUGGCAGAUGUCUUUCAAGUGAAAUUCAUAAAGAUGAUAGCUUCAAGGAAGACCAGUUAAUUUGUUUCAUGACUGAUUUGAUUCAUGAUUCAAUUUCAGAAGAGUCAAAAUGAUCGGGAACGAAGUGGUUAUUGAAGUAACUGACCGCAGUCGGAGUAAGCCAAGCUGCAAUGUACUGCUCAGUGAUUUUGCAAACAUGGUGAAAGCCUUCAUAGGCUCCAACUACCUGACGAUUGCCUUUGCCUUCGCUCAAAGUGGGCUUGUGCUGGGCAUUGUGGGUCUGUUCCUUAUCGCUCUGGUCACUGACCACUGCUGCCUCUUAAUUGUCAAGUGCAAGUACCAUGCCAUCCGCCAUGUCCUUGACAAGCACCGGAUGUCUUCCUCCAGUGGUAGCAUCGUCAACUCGAAUAAGUCCCGUCGACUGAUGAGUUCCGAGGAGGAGGGGGAGGAGAGAGAGCAGCAGAGUGUGGAGGAGAGUGAGGAGUUUCAGAAAAUCCAUAAGCAGCUUCAGCGGAGCAUGACCUAUGGUGAUGUAGGCAAGAUAGCGUACGGCAGCUGGGGAGUGUUUAUGGUCAACUUCUGCCUCAUCUUCACACAGUUUGGUUUCUGCGUCAACUAUUUCAUCUUUGUGGGAAACACCAUCUUUGCUCUGUUUCCCACUGUUAACGGGAGCCUGCCUGUCAAUGACACUGGGAUGACAAGCUCAAUGCCUUUGGCACUGGCUGUCGAUCAGGAUAAGGACUUUUCAACACAAUCAUUUAUGUCUACCCCAUUUCUCAACGGGUCAGUGGACUUCAUCUCGAGCUCUCUAGCUAACUUCUCAAAUAUAACAAACGCAACGACGUCCGCUCCCACCACGACGUCCACUCCCACCACGACCAUCGCCACGUCUGCAACCUGGGCUGCGAUGAACACAAGCACGCCCUCUGUUAUCCCAUUGUCAGAUCUGUUCUUGGACGUCUCCCAGGCCCCUGAUCUCAGACUACUGGUCAUCACCCCAUUGCCCAUCUUUGCCGGCUUCGCUUUCUUGCGUGAUGUGCGACACCUAGGCUUUGUCAGUGUUGGAGCUGAUGUCUCCAUCUUCCUGGGCUGUGUGGUCACCAUGGGCUACAUCCUUGUCGGUUUUUCAGUGAGUACAACAUGGCAGCUAUUUGACUGGACCAAUGUGGCAAUAUUCUUUGGCAUGGUGACAUCUUCCUACGAAGGGAUUGGAACGGUUAUCCCAAUCGAGUCGAGCAUGGAGGGCAACAGACACAACUUCUCUAACUUCUUGCAUGGCUCAGUGUUCAUUCUCACCUGCAUCUUGUCUCUGUUUGGCAUUGUGGGAUACCUUCGCUACGGCACCGGCACCGAGCAGAUGCUCAACCAGAACAUGCCAAGUGGCACGCCUGUCAGCAUUGCCAUCAAUGUGUGUCUGUGCGUGGGCGUCAUCCUCACCUUUCCCCUGCAGAUCUACCCAGUCAUUGAACUCUCGGAGAUCUUUCUGUUUGGAGACGGUCGUAUAUGUGGACCCAAGAAGAAGAGAAAAACUCACCAUGUUGAUGAUGAGGACUCUGAAAGUGAUGGGGAUGUGGGUCCCUCAGAGGGGGGCAAAGGUCGGGACAAGGAGGCACUGCUGCCUAAGGAGAAAGUGAACAUUCCAGCUCCGGUGGCUGCCACUGUCUCUGAUGAGGUUUCCACAUGGAAAAGGAAUCUCCUCCGUGUGUGCCUGGUGGUCCUUGCCGCUGGGCUUGCUGUAGUGAUGAGAGACUUUUAUGCGUACGUCGGCUCUUUUGUCGGUGCCUUGGGUAGCUCCCUGCUGGCGUACAUACUGCCUUGUCUGUUUCACCUCAAGCUAUGCUGGGCCCAGCUGCACCCGGGAGUCAAGAUCAAGGACAUCUUGAUCGUCGUGUUUGGACUAGCUGCCAGUGUAGUCAGUUUGUACUCAACUAUAAGGUCCAUUGCAGACAGAUCAUGAACCUUUAGGGGGGUGGG